CCUUUCCCAAAUCAUGGAAACUCUUGAGCGCGGUUUCGUUGUCGAUCCCGACUUUGUAUUGCCAGAAGGUGUCAAUCUCGUUCUUGGUGGCCAACAUAUCCAAAUUGCAUAUCCACCUCUUGAUCCGGCGUCAAAUUUUACGCGGUUCCUUCCUCCAGAUGCCACCGACACCCCUGAAACUCUGUUUGUGCCCAGCUUCAGUGGAUGCACGAUUCCAGCCCCACGUUUCAUUCGCCAAUCGAACAAAUCCGAGUUCCUCAUCUACACAGAUGGCGCCUGUAAUGAGAACGGAAACAAAGAUGCUAGAGGAGGUUGUGCCUUUGUCUAUAGUCCUGAGACAUCUCCCUCAACAAUUCCGUCAAAAACCUCAUCUGGGCAUUCUACUAUUUCUAUGAAACUCCAUGAACUGGGUGCUGCCGGAUUUCGACUCGAGACCCGCGGUCCUACUGGAGAAGCCGCAUCUCAGACCAGUAACCGUGCCGAGCUCCGUGCCGUUAUCGGUGCUCUUGGAUUUCGGCUGUGGAACAACGAGGGAUUCCAACGCCUUGUGGUUGCAACAGACUCGACUUACGUAGUUGACGGAUCUACAGAAUGGAUGAAGAAAUGACAGCGCAAUGGAUGGCAGACAGCAACAAAGAACCCGGUAAAGAACCAGGACCUUUGGAAAGAGCUUUUGAAAGAACUCGAAAGAUGGAGUAAAGCAUGAUUUGAAGUACAGUUUUGGCUCAUCCCAAGAACGCUUAAUACAACAGCAGACAGACUGGCGAAGGAAGCUACAGCGCUUGCUGACCAAGAGGAUUGGCAAAAGAUCCAGGGUGUAUUGUGCUGAUUUAAUAUGAGAGCUAGUGUCAGCUUGGUUAUUAUCAUGGCGGAAUCUAACAAUU